AGCCCCUCUAUGCCCCCCCGCCUCCUCUCUCUCUAUCUCUCUCUCUUUUUCGCUCUCUCUAUCUUUCUCUCUCUCCGCCCCUCGUGUGUCUACAUUUCCAUCCCAUGGCCGUCUCUAGGUGAUUUAGCGCCGCCAGUCUCAAGCAGGUAUCCAACAUGGCGAUCACGGGGAGCGGAUCUCUCGCUAUUUCUUUCUCUGUUUUCAUGAUUUCAGCGGCGUUUCUUCACAAAGGAGCUGCUGAAACCGUGACAGUUGACAGCCAGAACCUGGCGACUGACAACGUGUCGGUGAUCGAGGGAGAGACGGCCACCAUUAGCUGCCGAGUGAGGAACAACGACGACUCCGUCAUCCAGCUGCUGAACCCGAACCGACAGACCAUCUACUUCAGAGAUCUGAGACCUCUCAAGGACAGCCGGUUCCAGCUGGUGAAUUUCUCUGACAACGAACUCCGGGUGUCUCUGUCCAACGUAUCGCUCUCCGACGAGGGACGCUACGUGUGCCAGCUCUACACAGAUCCUCCUCAGGAAGCCUACGCAGACAUCACCGUCCUGGUCCCGCCAGGCAGCCCCAUCAUCGAGAGCCGAGAGGACGUGGUCAGCGAGGGGAACGAGACGGAGCUCACCUGCAUAUCCAUUGGCAGCAAGCCGGCCGCCUCCAUCAGAUGGAUGAAGGGGGAGGACGACCUGACAGCUGAAACAACAGUGGAGGAGACGUAUGACAGGAUGUUUACCGUCACCAGCCGGGUGAGGUUUUCUGUCACCAAAGAGGAUGAUGGAGUGCCGGUGGACUGCAUCGUUGACCAUCCAGCUGUAAAGGACCUUCUGGCUCAAAGACACUUGGAAGUGCUCUAUAAACCCGAGGUGAAGAUCGUGGUGACAUAUCCUGAUGGGUUAACAAGAGAGGGCGACAAUCUUGAUUUGACAUGUAUCGCUGAGGGGAAACCACACCCCCAUCAGAUCAACUGGCUCAGAGUGGACGAAGACGUGCCACCGCACGCCGUGGUCACCGGCUCCGAUCUCUUGAUCGAGAACCUGAACAAGUCGUACAACGGCACCUACCGUUGCGUGGCGUCGAACGCCGUGGGCGAGGCUUACGACGACUACGUCCUGCACGUGUACGAUGCUCCCACUACUAUCCCCACACCCACCACCAACCCAGACAACACGCAAGACCCCAAAGCCAGCGAGGGGGCACCGCAGAAAAUCGACCACGCCGUCAUCGGUGGAGUGGUCGCCGUCGUGAUGUUUGCGAUCCUCUGCGCGCUCAUUGUGCUCGGCCGGUACUUCGCCAGACACAAAGGAACUUACUUCACGCACGAAGCCAAGGGAGCGGACGAUGCGGCCGACGCCGACACGGCAAUCAUCAACGCAGAGGGGGGCCACAACAACACAGACGAGAAGAAGGAGUACUACAUCUAAACCAGACGGGCCUGAAGUGAUGGUUGGGGACGCGGUGGGAGCACUGCGUCCAGCGUUGAUGGGGUAGUAGGACGGCUUGGGUUAGGGGUAAAAGAAGAAGGGGAGAGGAGGAGGGAAGUAGGAAUGGCGUCGCCGCGUGGGAAGAAGAGGCGUUCUAUGUCCGACCCUUCCUUGGACUGCCGGGUCCUAUUCUGUACAGUAUAAUUAUUUUACAGAAAAUUUUGUGCCUUGUUCUAUUUCUUUUGUCGGUUCGUUGGUUUCUAUUCACAUGCUUGUUGGAUUGGAUUCUUUCUCCAUGUGCUCUACUUGAUCCUUUGUUGCGUUUGGCUUUCAGAGGAGAUAGAAAGGGGUCUGGUGUUUGUCAGUGUGUGCUACAACUAGCUUUUAGCUCAUGUAACCAGAUAUAUGAGAGGCCAGCUCACUCACACUUUUGUUCACUUUCUUUUUUUCUCUCUUUCUCUCCAGUUGCUUAUUACAUGAAACCCAGUAUCGUCAAAGUUCUGUGGUGCCUCCCAAGUUCAUCACAUUUAGAUGCAGGUCUGAUUGGUUCUGACGAUUACCUGCACACACACGCACACACGCACACACGCAACCCCCCCUUCAAAUUCAGACUCACUGUUGAUUACUUGCGUAACCGUUUUGAGUAGUCAUGCCUUUCUUUGAAUGUAUUUGCUACAGGAGUGAGUUAGAGUCACUUAUACAUAUGGGGUUUCAAAUCGAGUUGCGAAAUGCGACCUAUCCCUAACGUAACGCAGAACUUUAUUUUGAACCACAUUCCUGAAACGUCUCACUAUUUUCAUCAGAUUUAUUCGACAAGCUCUCCAAAGUCAGUGGCACCUAAUUCCAUCCGUUCCUGCAGUCGAUGCCAUGUUGUUUCUAUAAAGGGAUGUUUAUCUCUUUUUUUUUUCUUUAUUUUCGUCCCCAGGGUUAAUUAAGAUGAAGUAUUUGCCAAUACAGAGUUUUGAUCUAAUACUUGCAUUUCUUUACAGCCAGAUUUUGAGUUGUACACUGCCUAUCUCCACUAAAUUAACGUUUAAAGAAAUGCCACGUAUGUAUCUAUCUGAAUGUUCCACGAAAAAAUGGAAUAAAAUCCUUUGGGUUGGUGACCCAGAGCGGUAAAUUCAGUCGCUGUGCAAUUGUUUCUGCGUCACCGCUGUCCCUUUGAAGCUCUUUUACUUGUAGUUUCCUGUUGGAGCUAGCAUGAGGAACAUUUGGGCGUUUCACCACCAUCUCGACAAAUACUCGAACUGCCAACUUUGCAGGAUACAGCUGAACGAUUUUUGUUUUCCACUAAAAGACAGCUAAUUGGCUGCAAACCUUUCUUCACGACAUUCACUCCUCCCGCUCGGCUCCUUUCACGCAUCCGACGUAAAGCCCGUGUAGGUAGGCGAGAACACGAACAGCUGAGUGCAAAAACCAGAACAAUGCUUGGGAUCGGGUCGACCUCCAUUUUGAGAAACUAAUCUAGUUUGUCAUAAGACAUCAUGUGUUUCCAUUUGUUAAACCUUUCAUCUCCUACGUCAUGAGUCAAUUGUUGGUUCUUUGUUGUAAAAUUGUCAGUUUCAUUUGAAAAGUUGGUCUUUAUCCUCAUCCUGUGGCCAACUUUAUUUAAUACUCAUCCUGGAAUCUGUCAGGUUUAGUUCACAGAGGCAUUUGUCAGUUGCAUUAAUGCCGCAGCAUCUUCUCAAAAAUAUUUCUGGAAGAUAGUUAUCUUUUAAGCAACACUAAUGUGCCAUGAUAGUGAGGCAAAGGUUGUUCAGCUUCUUUCAUUUUCAUGUUUUUGUCUGGUAUUGACAAAGAAAUAUGUAUGAAACAACAGAUUGUGAAACGGUUAAAAUUAAUGGAAAGACACUUUACUGUUAGAGACUGACACUGUAAUAUUUAGUAUCAAGGUGCAUAUACUGGACCUUAAACACUUUAGCAAAAUUAUUCUAAUUAGCUGUAACAAGUUGCUACCUGUUUAAGUAGCAAAUUAGGAUAUUUGUCUCAAUUAGCUAAGCAGAAAAUUCAGUAAAUCAGCUAGCUAGUUUAAGUACAUCGAUUCUAGCUAAUUUAGUUAAAAAGUCAAAGGAGUAAAUUAGCUGCACAACCUGAAUAUCUGAUUAGCUAAUAAUAAUAAUAAAUAAUAACAAUAAAAAUAAUAAUAAUAGGAACCCAGUUUGGUAGUUUUCUAGAUCGUCUGUUUAGCUAAUUAAACUGAACUAGCUAAACUGAUUUAGCUAGUUAGCUGUGUUUGACCUAUUGAACAGAUUAGCUAUUUUAAUCAAAUUAGCUUAGCAGCUAAUUUAACCAUCAAAUCAGCUAACUAAAGUUAAUAAGCUGCUUAACUAUCCAUCCACAUUGCCUAGUGUGGAUGGGACACAUCUGGUGCUAGGCUACACGCUAACGCCGGGUGUGUGAUGCGAUCUGGUGACAAGCUAGCCGCUACCGUAGAGCCUGCUGGCUAUCUGAAUACCUGAGCUAAAUUAGCUGUUGAGCUAACUCGCCUACACUCUGAAACAUCAUUUAUCUUUGUUGGCUUAUAAAAUCCGACUUCACCAAGUGUUACGUCACGCUAAAACAGACAGCUGGCAGUUCUUCGCUAGCUCAAACUGUCCCCAUCUUCAUCUUUCCAUGCAGACGAACGGCACCAAAUACAACGAGUCUUUGUGCACAUUCCAUAAACAAAGCUGGAAAGUCGUCUCCACAAAAUGUCCCUCCUUAUCUGCUGGAAGAAAACUAAACCGAUGUCACUUUCAAUGAAAUAAAAACACAAAAACUACCCACGAGUGUUUGGCUUUGAAGUCCUUGCCGACCAAUUUUUGUUUCUUAUUCUGUUGUUCUUGUCGGUUUCCGACUUAAAAGGCCUUUCAGGCACUGCAAGUAUGAGUCCGAUAAAUUUUCCUCUGUGCAAAUACUUUAUCUUUGGGCUUUCUUUGAUAAUUACUAAGGCCAAAAGACUUCACUUGGGGAAGCUCCAAUUUUAGUUCUUUAUCUUUUAUUUGUCUUUUUAUUUUUUCCCCUGUCAUCUUGUAGCCUCCAACCAUGGCAGAGAAAUGGCACAGUGCUACAAUUUAUCUCUCCUUUUCGCCAACCCCAAUCAAACAUUGUGAACUUUACACAUUCUACGCCUCUCCGGCUCACAGCUCGAAGAGCAAAACUUGUUUGGCAAUUAACAGGACACUUUAUUGUAUUGUCUGAAGAAGAAGAACAACAACAACAAGAUGAGUAAGGAAGAAAAAAAAGACCAGAUAAAAACGAAUAACCACUGCCUUAAACAGACCUCUUGAUACGUAUGAUAAUGAAACAAAAUAAAAAUGACUAAAGAAUAAAGUGAAGGACAUAUUGUAGUGCCUUCUGAUCUGGAGGCAUAUGGUUAGGAUCAUACUCUAAGCUUGUACAUAUAUCUGUCCUUUCUAACUUUCAGGCCAAUACUCAGCCAAGUUGUCUGUUCAUGCACUAUCAUCUCAUAUCCUGGAUUUUUAGAUCUAAAUGAUAAAUAAAUCAAAUUCAUUCAUUUUUGAAAGUAAAAUAUUUCGAGAUCAUUUUUUGUGAUUUUUUUUUUAAUUUUUUGUGUGUGUGCAGUGGGGCCGAUAUUUAUAAAAGGAAAAUUCAAUUUGGCCUUAAGUAUUUAGUCGCCUUUACUGCGUUUGCUAUUUAUUUGAAUAUUUCCUGGGUGAAGGCUAAGCAGCUUUCAGAGAGGACUCCAGCGCUAAAGGCUAGAUAAUAAGCUAGAGUAAAAAACAAAUUAAUAUAUCUCUCUUUUUGUCGUUGUUUCUGGAUUGUGGAGUUGCGGUGUCAUGGAAACAGCUAUGCGCAUGACAAAUGUUUUUCUGGGCUUUGAUAUUUAUCUUAAAUGGAAACUGUCGCUUUUGAUGGAUUAACUUUGAGAAAGGCAGUGGUAGGAAGAGGGGGGGGGAAAUCAUUUUAAUCCAAUUUUUCAUUUAUAUUUCUUACAUGAUGUGUAGUAUAUAUUUUUUCCUUCACUCUCUCAGGUUCAUGAGUGUUACUAUAGUUGUGUUAUUUUUUUUUAUUUUUAUUUUUUGCAUCUCAGGUAGAUUGCAAACUUUAAGCCCCGAGUAUAUAUAUAUAGAUAUAUAUAUACAUAUAUGUAUAUAUAUACGCUGUAGUACCACAGGUAUCGGAAGACGUAACGAAAAUCACAAGAUGUACAUGUUCCUCUCAGUUGUACAUGUUUCUGUGUUUAAUAUGGUGCACUGUUACGGUAAAUGUUAAAUAUUAUUUUGCAUAGGCCUAGUUCACGAGGAAAACUAGAUUCGUUAAGCAGCUGAAAACGAUGUACAGUCGGUGUUAACGAAACCACGACGAUGUUCUCGACACUUCCCCCACCGUUUGCGUUCUGUUCGCGCGGUGCGAGCCAGCUAGUGACCUUAGGAUCUUCUCACAGCCCUCCGGCAUCUGUCUGCAUUGUGCAUCGCUUUUCUUAUUUAGAAGAUGGUGUGUUUACUGUGACAUGAAGUUUUAUGAAUGAUCUGUAACCUCUUGGGCGUCUGGAUGAAACUCGUGGUUUUAAAGCCUGGGGAGGGAGGAAGAGGAAGGAGAGAAGAGACCGGGGGGGCAGGGGGGGCGGGGAAGCUGAUCGUUUUUUUAAACCCCUAGAUUGGUUGUUUAGGUUGUUGAAUCUUGAAUUUAUUAUUGUUUUGUUCCCAAGUGAAGUUUUUUUUUUGUUUCAUUUUUGUUUGUUUUCUUGUUUUUUGUUUUUUUUGUGUUGUGAAGAGGAAGUUUUUUUUUUGUUGUUUUUUGUUUUCAUUUGACCAUAAAUAUUUUGUAUUGGUUCAUGCCAACAUUUUUACAAAAGAAAAAAAAAAUCUGAAGAGUUCUUGUCUUAAUAAAAAGAUAUCAAUGU